AUGAAUACUAAAAAUUCCGUAAAAAUCCAUGAGUUUUUGAAGGAUUAUCUUCCUUUGAUUGCCAUUCCUAUCACUAUUUACGGAGCUUACAAAUUAUUUAAUCGCCUGAUUCCUGGAUCCCAUAAUUUACCCAAAAUGGAGUUCAAAGACAAGGUUGUCGUCAUAACUGGAGCUAGCUCCGGUAUUGGAAAAGCGCUUGCUUACGAGUUGUUUGCAAGAGGAGCCAAACUUAUUCUACUGGCAAGAAGCGUUGAAAAACUUUCGCUCAUAAGUGAGGAACUACGUCUGCUAUACCCCAACAAUAAGAAUUAUCCGGCUUUUCAUUAUUUCGAUAUUAACGACCCAGAAAACGGGCCAUGGGACCAGAUUCCAAAAAUUGAUAUUCUCAUCAAUAAUGCUGGAUUGUCGAUGCGAGGCUCCGUUGCUGAUACUCCCAUUGAAGUUCACAGGCAGGUCAUGAAUGUGAACUUUUUCGGACAUGUUGCGGUAACUCGCUUACUUUUGCCGAAAAUCUCGCCAGAUGGAUGCAUAGUGGCAACGAGCAGCGUUCAAGGAAAGGUGGCUUUGCCAUACAGAAGCUCUUACUCAGCCAGUAAGCAUGCUCUUCAGGCUUUCUUUGAUUCAUUGCGAUGUGAACACAAAAAUCUCCAUGUUCUUGUCGUUUCUGCAGGAUACAUCAAUACCGGAUUCGGUUCUCGAGCUCUUGAUGCUGACGGUAAACCUGUCGGAGUUGAGGACCAAAACCAGAAGCAGGGUUAUUCACCGCAGUACGCCGCAGUUCAAAUCCUCAAUGCCAUUCGAGAUCGCAAAUCCGACUUUAUCAUGGCUGCAACGGAUGCUCGCUUCGCAAUUCUUAUGAAGCAUUUUUGGCCAACUCUUGUUAACUACUUGCUCUACAAACGCGGAACUAAGGAUCCAUGGGCACAGAAAAAGAAAGACUAA